AUGCGUGUAUCUAUGUCCGCUUUGUCUUUCGCGGCUGUCGCGGCUGCUAUUGACCUCCCAAACUAUCCUCCAGACGGAAACGUUGCUCUUACGGUAGGGGCUGGCUCAAGCCUCGAGGGAUACAAACUCGCUGGAUUUUUGAGCGAGGGGAAGGGUUUCCCGGAACUCGUGCCUGCAACUGAGGCCAAACCAGACACAUGGUAUCUACACUUCUGGAACCUUGUCCACACCGGUUGGUACGCGAUUACUAUGAACAUUGAUGGCACGACCUAUCAACUUGAAAGAAACCCAAACGAUUUUGAGUUAACUCCCCAGACGGAAUACUCCUCCGGCGACGAUCUUUGGCAACCCAGAUUAGACUCUCCUGUUUUCCCUUGGUGGGGUAGUGAAACGGCGUUUCCCUUUGGCUGCACCCGAGAUGAUGGGCACAUUCAGCUUUCCAUUCACGAGGCAGACGACGUCCCUGCGAACUGCGAACAGAUCCAGUUGGAGUACCACCUACUUGCCUAG